AUUCUAUCCCAUUAUCGACCAUUACCUGUACCAAUGCCCACCAUCGAGAACCCAGAUACCGGCCUCUUUGCGACUGCGCCUGCCAUACUUGGAGGCGCUAUCCAAUUCAGUCCCCCAACCGGCGAAGCGAAUCAACAAUGGUUAAUUCCCGAUCUGGUGGGGGUCACAUCCAUACAGAGCGCCGGCCCCGGACCCUUUGCCUGGGUUCCGGGGGCGGCUGUAGCCGGCGCGAAUGUCGUCACGAAUCUAGCGGCAUUUAAUUGGUUCAUCACCCCGGUUGCUGGUGGCGGAAACACUAUUCGGACCAACAAUGCUGCAGCGUUGUUCUGGGGGGCACCUGUUGCCGGCGAGGGGGUUCCUCUCGUCCCAGCUGCUAAUGCAGCUCAAUUCAUUUUCGCCUAAGUCUGAAUCAAAUCAAAUCCCACUGAACUCGUGUGCCGACUGUUUGGAUUGUGAAUCGAGUUUGUUAUGGACAACAUUGUAUUUCAUUAUGUUCCGAGUCGAAUGAACCUUGAAUGAACCAAGCAUUGAUUUGAGUAUGAUUU